AUGUUCCCUAAUAAUCUUCUCGAACCAUACACGUCUCCUCGUACAGCUGAAAAAAUACUUAAUCGCCCUAACGCACGAGACCUUCAUAUUGAGACAAAACCAUCAUCUCAUAGACAACCCGUUCAAACUUCUAGCGAUCUACAGAACCAAAUACCGCAAUGUUACGCACCAUUCACUCCGCCACAAUCAACGACCGGCACUCGCAGUAUGCUCAGGGAACUACCAGAUCAAAAUAUGCAGUCAGGGCUAGUGCAGUUCAUAAACACUCACAAUAGGGCCGAAGUUUCCUUUAGUGCUAUGACGAUUGAUAUUCGCUGUGAAAAUUAUAACGAUCUAAUAAGGGCUCUAUAUGAAGCAGCAUGUCCACCACCAGGAGUAAGAUGGGGUAUUGUUCGGAUCGAUGUACUUUGGGAAUUACCUAUUUCUAUGACAACAAUGGAAAGCGGUAAUUACCGUGAAACACCUUGCAGAGGUAUUCAAGGGCCCGUCUUACGAAAUAUUUUGCGUUUGAUGAGUGCAAGAGGGUGGAGAGAUCUUUUUGUGGUCAGAUAUAUCGAGGGCUAA